AUGCACCAUGGAGUUACUCUGCUGAAAACGAUAUCUACAUCAAGAACACUUAACGAACCCACCAUAGAUUAUGGCUUUCAGAGGUUGCAGAAAGUUAUUCCACGACAUCCAGGUGAUCCCGAAAGGUUACCAAAGGAAGUAUUACUUAAGAGAGCAGCAGACCUUGUUGAAGCCCUAUACGGGAUGCCCCAUAACAACCAGGAAAUAAUCCUGAAACGAGCAGCUGACAUUGCUGAAGCGUUGUACAGCGUGCCCCGCAACCACAACCAGAUCCCCACUCUCGCCAACACUCCUGCUCACACUGGCAUGAUGGGGGUGAACUCCUUCAGCAGCCAGCUCGCCGUUAACGUGUCCGAAACAUCGCAAGCGAACGACCAAGGUUACAGUCGCAACACAAGCAGUGUUUCCCCGCGAGGAUAUGUUCCCAGCAGUACUCCUCAGCAGUCCAAUUACAACACAGUCAGCAAUAGCAUGAAUGGAUAUGGCAAUGCCGGCAUGCCCAAUCUAGGUGUCCCAGGUUCCCCUGGAUUUCUUAAUGGCUCCUCAGCUAACUCUCCUUACGGCA